AUGCCUCCUGCGUCCCGAGGACUUUUCUGGAGCGGCAUCCGUCACGCGGUCGUCAUCUGUGGUCCUCCCUCAAACAUCUGCCGAUCUCUUCCUGCAUUCCGACUCGGACACACGAUCACUCUUCCUAAAAGAAGCGCGCUCAAGACGGUGCUCGCCCCAAAUGUUCAGAAGAGCGGGAACACAACGGGCCCGGAGUUGGGAUCGAAUGAAGCAUGGAAGCCACACAUGCACUACAAGUCCAUCCCGUCCUCUGUUCGAAGCUGGAUGUGGCGGGUUUUCAUCAUCGGCCCCCCACUCAUAGUCUUCUUCAUGUCGUUUCCAUUUACAAUCUUGCGGGUGCAGGGCGCUUCCAUGUUCCCCUUUUUCAACGUCAGCUCUUCUCCCGAUCUCCCACCAGCUGCGCCAGACAUUAUCCUCGUGAAGAAGGUCAAGGCCGUCGAAGUGUUAUCAAAUCUGAUGGGGAGCCGAUUCCAGCGAUUCAAACUUGAGAGGGGUCAGAUUGUGGUCUUCUACGCGCCUCACGAUCCUUCAAAAUUAGCAGUAAAGCGGGUUAUCGGCAUUCCCGGGGACAGAAUCAAACCCCUUCCCGGGUAUCCUGGUGGUGACGACCCUGUGAUAGUGCCGUACAAUCACGUAUGGGUGGAAGGGGACGCGAACAGCCGGGAAAAGUCCAUGGACUCAAAUUACUUUGGACCUCUCAGUCAGAACAUGGUGUUUGGAUUGGUGACUGCAGUUCUCACACCGUGGUCUUCCCCGGUGGCUGUGAGGUGGGACGAGCAUGAUUAUCCUGCCAAAACUAGCGGGAGGGUGGAGAAAGACGUGGUGCACCAUGCCAAAUUGGAUCCGGAUGCAGACGCUUUGCAACAGGAUGACCCUUUUGCUGACGGCCGAGCCGCGACUGAGUUGGCCAUGAUGCAGCAAAACCGAGAUCAGCUGAUCGCAAUAAUGAGAGACAAGUCGAAGUUCGAGCGAUUGAAGAGUAUGUAUGAGCGCGCACAGACAGAAUUGCGUCAGGGCACCAAGGAGUCACAGGAGGUCGCGACAGGGUUGGUGGAGGAGUUGCAGGUCCUUUUCGAGAGCGUGGGCUUGAACAAGGAUGGAACCCCGAUUCCCCCAGCUUUGAGGGCCUUGAAACAGGGAAGAGAAGAUGAGGGGCAUUCCGAAAAGCAGAAAAGAUUGAAGGAUUACCUGGCUAGAAACCAGCAAGUUUCGAUGAAAGCCUCUAGCCGGAAGACUCCUCAACCCACCCCUGUAUCCCUGUCUGUGACGGAAAUCUCUAACCAUGUUACUGGCUCCACACAACGGCUUGCACGUCUACGGCAACAAUGCCUCAUUCGCGACCGCCAUAAAUGCGUAAUAUCGCGCAAGUUUGAUCGCAAUGAAGCGCUUGCGCGCUGGGCAAAAGACGGUCCUAACUGUCGAGACGAUGAUGGGGAUCUACUAAGUAAUAUCAGUCCUGAAUAUUUAGAAGUAUCACAUAUACUUCCUCACUCUCUUACAUCGCUCUCAAGCGAUCCACAAAACCUACACUUAAGCGAAUCCAAAAGAAUCACUCUUCAAAUACUGAAUACGUUCGACCCUGGGAUCGGCUACUUAAUCGACGGACCUGAUAUUGAUAGAUCGACUAAUGCUAUCACCCUAACGCAAAGUUUCCACCAGCAAUUUGGAAACUUUGAAGUGUCCUUCGAACCAACGGUUGACCAGCUCCCACAUUCGUAUAAGAUCGACUAUAUUGACUCUAAUCAGCCCUUCCGUGAUUCUUUACUACCUAUUAACCGCGCACUCUAUCUCGCACCGGAUCGCAAUAUCGACCCACCCUCUCCUCGGCUUCUUGCUGUUCAUCAUGCUAUUGCGCGUAUUCUCCAUUUGAGUGGUGCCGGAGCCCGCAUCGAUUAUAUCGUUCGAGAAAUGGAAGAAGUCGGUGUGAGGGAAGACGGAACUACCGAACUUGGACGCUACGUUAUGUUGAAGCUGGGCGAAUGGGGAAGGGUCAGAGUACCUGACGAGUUCGACAAUGGGCUGGAAAGAGCCACGAGCUCGUUAGGAGGUGUCGAAAACAUGCUACUGAAAUCUGGAUCCGAAUCCAGGGUAGCAUACUUCCUGGCCAGCCAGAGCGGCCUUGGUAAGAUUGCUUGGCCACCACGGCUUUCAAGGCACUCAGCCCAAGAGCUACAGAAAGAGGUCGCAACAAAGCCCAAGAACACAGAGAUGCAUUCAUCUGUUCGGGAGGCGGUAGUCGAUCUCUCAAAACGACCAGGUUAUAUUCAAGUGAUGGAACUGCCACAACAACGAACAGGAGAGCAUCCGCCCAGCGAGAUGCGAAACGACCCAAGUCCGUCUCUCGAGCAAUCUUAA